GGGGACCUGCUUCUCCCUCCCCUCCCCGCCCUGACAUGCCAACCCGGCAGUCGGCGGCGCAGCAGCGUGUGAGCCGCGUUCGCCCCCCGUGCCCCGCCGCAGGAUGGAGGUCGAGCUUCUGGAGAGCGACGUUCUGGAGUCGCUGGAGGACCUGGGUUACAAAGGUCCAUUGUUAGAUGAUGGAGCACUGGCUCAGGCAGUGUCUCAUGGAGCCAACUCCCCUGAAUUUACCAAACUCUGUGCUUGGUUGGUAUCUGAGUUACGGCUAUUCUGUAAACUAGAGGAAAAUGUGCAGGCAACUAACAGUCCAAAUGAAGCAGAAGAAUUUCAACUUGAAAUGAGUGGGUUGCUGGCUGAAAUGAACUGUCCCUAUACGUCAUUAACAUCAGGAGAUGUGACAAAACGCCUUCAUAAUCAAAAGAACUGUCUCUUGCUGCUUACAUACCUCAUCUCAGAACUGGAAGCUGCCAGAAUGCUGUGUGUGAACGCCCCUCCUAAAAAAGCACAGGAAGGAGGUGGCAGUGAAGUCUUUCAGGAGCUAAAAGGCAUAUGUAUUGCUUUAGGCAUGUCCAAGCCUCCCGCCAACAUAACGAUGUUCCAGUUCUUCAGUGGAAUUGAAAAAAAACUGAAAGAAACACUAGCAAAGGUUCCACCUAAUCAUGUUGGAAAACCCUUACUGAAGAAACAGCUGGGACCUGCUCACUGGGAAAAAAUUGAAGCAAUUAAUCAAGCCAUAGUCAACGAAUACGAAGUCCGAAGAAAACUGUUAGUGAAACGUUUGGAUGUUACUGUGCAGUCCUUUGGCUGGUCAGAUAGAGCUAAGAGUCAAACAGAAAAACUGGCUAAAGUCUACCAGCCAAAACGUGCCCUCUUAUCCACUAAGUGCACUAUUUCCGUAGCAAAUCUCUUGGCAGCUCGACAGGAUCUGUCAAAGAUCAUGAGAACAAGCAGUGGGUCCAUCCGAGAGAAGAGUGCAUGUGCCAUUAAUAAGGUGCUAAUGGGCAGAGUGCCUGACAGAGGAGGAAGGCCCAAUGAAAUCGAACCGCCACCUCCUGAGAUGCCACCGUGGCAGAAAAGACCAGAGGCUGGUCCACAACAAGGUGGUGGCAGAGGAGGAAGAGGUGGCUAUGAAUCCUCAUAUGGAGGGCGAGGAGGUUAUGACCAUGGGGGUCACGACCGAGGGGGAAGAGGAGGUUACGACCACGGGAGUCACGACCGAGGGGGAAGAGGAGGCUAUGACUCAUCAUAUGGAGGACGAGGAGGUCAUGAACAAGGAAGCCAUGAUCGAGGGGGACGAGGAGGACGUGGUGGUUAUGAUCAUGGUGGCAGAGGAGGCGGAAGAGGAAACAAGCUUCAAGGAGGUUGGACAGAUGGUGGAGGUGGUGGCUACCAGGAUGGCGGCUACAGGGAGAGCAACUACAGAGAUGCAGGUUUUCAAACAGGUGGCUACCACGGUGGUGGUGGCGGCGGCGGUGGUGGCUACCAAGGGGGAGGCUAUGGUGGCUACCAGUCGUCUUCAGGAAGUGGCUACCAAGGGGGUGGUGGUGGUGGUGGUUACCAGCAAGACAACAGAUACCAAGAUGGUGGGACCCACAGUGACCGAGGGGGUGGCCGUGGAGGAGGGAGGGGUGGUCGUGGUGGUCGUGGUGGCCGUGGAGGACAAGGAGGAGGCUGGGGGGGCAGAGGUGGGCAGAACUUUAAUCAAGGGGGGCAGUUUGAGCAGCAUUUCCAGCAUGGAGGUUAUCAGUAUAAUCAGUCUGGCUUUGGACAAGGAAGACAUUUCACAAGCUGAGGCUGCUAAAAAUUUCCACUUCAGCAGAGCUCAUGUAAUAGAAACCUGGUUUCAGAGGCCUGGCUUAAUCACUGCUUGGGUAGUACAGAUUGGUACCAUGGCAGGUAGAACCCUUUGGAUGGGAUGUUUUGCACUGAGCAAAGUACCACUUUUUGUAGACUUCUUCUGCCCCCGAUUUGUCUGAAUUAAGUGCAUCAUCGCUAUGCACUGCACCCUAAACAUCAACUAAUAGCCAUGCUUUUUAGAUGUUGGUCUGGUUCCUUCUGCUCAGAACACUUUUGUUUUGAAACUACCUGCUGUGUUUGCCUUCCGCUUUGAUUUAAAAAAAUAUCAAGACCUGUCUGGUCAAAUUGUGUAUUAUAAUACACAAUAGAAAUUAUGCAUUCUUCCCCCAAAUCACUGUGCAAUUAGAUGUUCUAAAACCAGUUCUGAGUAUGGCUUUCUGGCUUGUUGGCCUCUCAUUUUAGUCACAAAGAUGUUACACACACGUGCGCACACAGACAGUGAACUCCCUCUGGCAAACAGGUUUUUUGUCUAUUCUAUGAGCUCUCCUGAGGAUGCCAUGUCCAGUAGCCUUAUCUCCUGCUAGACAACGUGUUCCCACCUGCUCAACUUGGAAGACUGACCACCGCCAAAAUCUGCAAAGAUCAUUUAGAACUAAGCUAAAUUGUGAACCGAUAGUGUGUGUAGGCCUGUAGUUAGGUGUGGCAAUUAAAACUGACCUGCAUCCAUCCAAAACAAGUUGCUCCUCUUCAAACCUAAUUUUUACUUGAAAUCAGCUAGAAGAAAUGACAGAUUUAUUUUAUUUGCAAGUUAAUACCACUGGCUUAGCAAAUCUAGGGCAAUUUGUUUUGGGGGUUGCCUUUUAAGGAAAUGCACUACGGCCUAGGAAGAUUAGUUCCUGCUUGGAGGAAGCCCUUUUAUUAUUGCUGCAGAAAACAAAGCCUGGCUGAGUUUGGUGUUCUGAUGUUGGUUGGUUGGUUGGUUUGUUUUGGUUUUGUUUGGUUUUGUUUUGUUUUUCUUUACUGAAAGCCUCAUAAUGCUUCUUGCUGGGUUUUUUGUGUACAUAAACAUUGUCAAGCUGUGAAAGAAAAUGGCUGAAGGUGUGCUGUUGUAUAAAAGGUGAGCAAUAAAAGUAUGUGUAUGUUCACUUUGA